AUUAACUCAGUUGUCUUUUCAGGUGACGGUCAUUAUCUUGCAUCAGCAUCAGACGACUGUACUGUGAAAAUCUGGGAUACAAUGACAGGCAAAGAGAAGCAGAUCCUUAAAGGUCAUAGAGAUUGGGUCAACUUGGUUGCCUUUUCAGCGGACGGCCGUUAUCUCGCUUCAGAGUCACAGGAUAGCAUGAUAAGGGUCUGGGAU